UAUUUAAUAGAAAGGUCGUAACCUUCUUCUUCCUGAGAAAUAUGGCUUCGGAGUCUCCGAGUUGUGCUCGUAAAGUUGUUGUUCAUCUAAGAGCCACUGGUGAUGCCCCAAUUCUCAAGCAAGCCAAGUUCAAGAUUGCUGGAACUGAUAAGUUUGCUAAAGUGAUUGACUUUCUUCAUCGCCAGCUUCACAGGGAGACAUUGUUUGUGUAUGUCAACAGUGCCUUCUCACCCAACCCAAUUGAAUUGGUGAUAGAUCUGUAUAAGGCUGAUUUCAUACUGCCCAGCUCUGUACACUUUUUUUUUUUUUUUUAUCAAAGAAACCAAUUAAGAUUCAUUCAUAGAUAAACUAGAAACAAGCAAGGGAGGGGGGCAUGCCACCCAAUUUACAGGAAGAUAACCUCCUAGUCUAGCUCGUGCAACCCAGUUCGCUGCACUAUUAACACUGCGAGGACGCCAUCUGAAGGAGAGACCACGCUUGUGUGCUAGAGCCUUGAUGUCAGCAACGAGAGCAGCACAAUCCCAAGGAGGGGCAUCCUCUGAAACACUUAGCUUGAUUGCUCCUUGAUUAUCCCCUUCAACCUCCACUCGACUGAGAUGCAGGGUGUCUGUGACAACCCUCACCAUUGAUUAGUGUUAAUCUAUGACUAAGCAUGUUAAGUGACUGGUUGAUUAAAAUUUUGACUGAUUGAUUGAGUGUAUUAAUUCAAAUGCAUUUCUAUCUGUUUGUCAUUGAUUUAUCUGUUCAUACUUUAAGUUUUGAACUGUAAAUUGAAGGCCUUAUCGGUGGCCGAAUCUGAAAUUGAUUAGUGUUUUGUGUUAAUUAGAAUUAAUGUGAUUUUAUGGUAUGUUAAUUGAAAUUUGACUUGGUAUGAUUAAAUUGGAUUAAAUAAUGUUAACUUGCAUUAGUGGGCUUAUUUACCAAAAUGCCACUUAAUGGGCCACUUUGUUAAACCUUGUCUAGAGCUUGAUUUCAUGUCAUUUGCUCAUCUUUGAGAGACCAAAACCGUAGGAGAGAGUGAGAGAGGAGAAGUUUGGUUUUAUCUAGAGAAUUGCUUGGAAAUUUAGAGGAAUUGAAGUGUAGAUUGCACAUUUGAGCUUCUAUUCUUGAACUUGAAGACUUAAGGUAGAGCUUUUACCUUCUUGUUUAUGAAUUGAGUUGAUUCUUGCAUGGUUUAGAAGAAUGUUGAAGUCUAGAGCCAAGUUAUGGCUUUAAAUGUGGAUUAGUGAGCUUGAAU